UAGGAAGGGGAGAGCUCUCUCUCUCUCUCUCUCUCUCUCUCUCUCUCUCUUUCUCUCUCAUUCACACACACACUGAGCAAUGGGAUCAGACACUGGGAUCGUUGUGACCCAGAAAUUGGUCCAGAUGUGCAAGUAAAGGGCCGACCCUGGGGAGGGAGGGUCGGACAGGCUGGAGGAGCAGUGACUCGGCGAAUUGCAGCUGCCGAUUAACAGGAAGGGGAUGAAUGAUGAUUUGAUUUCUGCUCUGGCUCCUGACUCGAGUCUGCCGGCAUUCCUGCUCGGAUACACAGCGCGGACAGGUCUACCGGUUAAGGGAAGCACUGUAUGUUCAAAUGUUGACUUGUUAAUAAGGAUUCAUGGUGCCCGUCCUGCAUACAAAUGACCUGCAAGGCAAAACAUUCCCCAUGAGAGAAUUACAAAAUUGCCUGCCAAAUUUUCAGUGGACAGUAGCCGGCAUGGUGGGAAGAAGAAAGCAUGUGAAUGGUGUAACCCAACUGGAAAGCCAUUAAAUAUCAGAUUGGAUGCAGGGAAAUCUGAGCAUGGGAGAGGGGAGUGACAGAAGUGCAUUAUAAAGCAGAGGCCUGCAGGAUGCAAUAUCUGAUAAGGUGAUUAGAAUCCGUGAUACCUGAUCAAUAAAGUCCGUAAAGCUUGGCAAGACCUGUAACAUCUCCAGCAGGAAAUGUCGAUUCAAUGGUACCGAGCGUAUCCCAGAUAAAGGUACUGAAGAAUCCCACCCCAGCAAUCUAGACAUAGCCCAGGCAUUAUUACCUCUGGAGAGAAACCUUCCCAGGACUGGAGCAGGAGGGCUGGGCAGUUCCGUGUCAUCAUUUGGAUGGAGAAAGAAGACAAGCGCUUCCCCAACUUUCUCUAAAAAAGUGCUGAGAGAUGGUAGUGCGAGAUGUCCGGGGACUAUGAAGAGGAUCUGUGCCGCAGCACUAUGUCACUGAUGAAAGAGUUAUGCGGUAGCAUGCAAAGCUAUGCCGAGAAUGAAAAAUGCCUGGAAUUUUACGACUUGUUGCGGAGUCACGGUCUGCCACGCAUCAUCAACCCAGAUGUGUCUGUCAGUCUGCUGUCAGUCAUUGUCACCUUUUGCGGGAUUGUUUUAUUAGGAGUUUCACUCUUUGUUUCCUGGAAGUUGUGUUGGAUUCCAUGGAGGGACAAAGGAUCUUCACAGACUCAACGCAAAGAUUAUGGACAUCAUGGUCAUCUCCAUCAUUCUCACUAUGGGGACUUGUUGGCAGACCGUGUGGAGCUUGGACCUGAGAUGCCUGAACGUUCUUAUUUAGAUAUGGAUUCCUACCCAGAAACCAACAUUAAAAUUAGUCAGACAUCUCCUGACAUUCCUGUGGAUAGUCAACCGCCCAAAGAAUCUCAGAUCCCAUAUGCUCAGUCUCAACAGCAAGUGGCAAAUAUAGCCCCAGCCAACAGGUAUAGUACUCUGCCCAGACCCAUGACCCAACAGUUGUCUAGUCCUGAUUUCUCAAGUCAUGUGGAUGAAAAGCCAGAACAAGCCACCAGCAUUGGACAGAUCAAGCCAGAGUUGUACAAGCAGCGCUCAGCCGAUGCAGAGAUGAAGAAGCAGGAGGCUACCAGCUGUGGCCGUAUCAGUUUCAUUCUUCGCUAUGGCUACAACUCUGAGCAGCUAGUGGUGAAGAUCCUGAAAGCAUUAGAGCUACCAGCAAAGGAUGCAAAUGGUUUCUCAGACCCCUAUGUAAAGAUGUAUCUGCUGCCGGAUCGCAAGAAAAAAUUCCAGACCAAGGUUCACCGCAAGACUCUUAACCCAAUCUUUAAUGAGACAUUCCAUUUCAAUGUGCCCUUUAAUGAACUGCAGAAUCGCAAGUUGCACUUCAGUAUCUAUGACUUUGAUCGCUUCUCCCGUCAUGACCUUAUCGGACAAGUGGUGCUUGAUAACCUGAUGGAGUUUUCAAAUGCAACAGACGACACUCCCAUUUGGAGAGACAUCUUGGAAGCCAGCGCUGAGAAAGCAGAUCUGGGGGAGGUAAACUUCUCUCUGUGUUACCUCCCGACUGCCGGUCGCCUCACUGUUACCAUCAUUAAAGCAACGAACCUGAAAGCGAUGGAUCUAACAGGAUUCUCCGAUCCGUACGUAAAAGCCUCUCUCAUCUGCGAGGGAAGGAGGUUAAAGAAAAGGAAAACCUCAAUAAAAAAGAACACCCUGAACCCGACCUACAACGAGGCCCUUGUCUUUGACAUUCCCAAUGAGAAUAUGGACCAUGUAAGCCUCACCAUUGCUGUUAUGGACUAUGAUUGUAUAGGGCACAACGAGGUCAUUGGAAUGUGCCGGGUGGGAAGCGACGCUGAUAUGCAGGGCAGAGAACACUGGAAUGAGAUGUUGGCAAACCCCAGAAAACCCAUAGAGCACUGGCAUCAACUGGUAGAGGAGAAAGCAUUAAACAGUUUUAUGACUAAAUCACCCCCGCCACGAGACAAGCCAAGCAUAAUAGUGGACAAUACACAGUCUGACUAGGAGCUUUUUCUAUCUAGGAAGAGAGAAACAGAUCACAAGAGCUGUCGUCAAGUCACAUGCGUCACUCUGUCUAUUUCCUCUUCAUUUGUAGUUUUCAUGAGGAGGGGGUAAAGACUCCUGGAGACGAAGUAAAGAAGAAAAGGCUAUUCGAUGCACCAGAAUACUUCAGGUGCAUUUUGAUUUUCAAAAAAAAAAAAAAAGCCAUAGAGUACUCACAUUGGUCAAUCUCUACCAGUUCAUGGUGAACGUUGAAGAUCUUUUUUUUUGGACACCGUUAUUUCAGAGAGGACAAUGAUGGACUGUUAGUCACCAUAUCAAACUCCAGCAAUGCACUAAACACAGCAUGGAUAAUGCAAUGAAGAAGGUUCUCCAGAGCAACUCUAAAUCUCUAGGGGCAAGACCUUUGAGCAGCAGAAGGAGGAAACCCCACCAGAGUGUUUUGCAUGUUAUGGAAAUGGUAUCUCUGCUCAGCCUCAUUUUACCUCCCUGGGCAGGAGAAGCAGUGCUUGGCUUCAGAAAUAUUUCCAUCAUGGUCUUAAUAGCACCCCUUAUUUUACACCUAACGGCUUAAUGAUAAGGGAAUGUCCCCUGCACCAUUAGAGUGACUUCCAGUGUUAAAAACCAUGAGGUUAGUUGGAUGAUGGAUUCACGAUGAACACUGUUCUCAAGAACUCAUUUACAAAGGAGGCUGAUGUUAUGAGGAGAAUGGUGGUACAGGGAGAGUUUACUGUGAAGGAUCUGAUUAUGUUAAAUCAGUGAACAGCAAAAUAACUUAUAUGGCCCUGUCCACUGGGAGCAAGAAAUAGGCAUUUUUAUGUCGACUGUCUUUCUAUUGUAAUAUUGUACAUUCUGUAUGUGUGCGUGAGAUUGAAAAAAAAUGAUGUCCAUUUGAGUGGUACUUGAUGGUUUCCCUUCUUCCUAUACAAAGUUAUAUAUAACAUUGUUAUUAAGAUGAGUGAGAGUCCUGAGUACAAUCACUUGCUACAUGUUUAUGGUGUGAUCGUGACCAUCUGAAGGCGGACACACAAGCAGAAAUCUUCUAUAGGAGAAGAGACGAUAAGGACGACCAGCUCGUGGUCAUUAAAAUGACGCGAAGGAGCAUGAGACGAUCAGGGCACUUGGAUUUAAUUGGCACUUUUCUAGUAAGAGAAGAUCAAGGAGAAUGUUUCUUGGUAGAAACAGAUUGUUGCCUUCCAGUACUCAUUUUUUUGAAGUAGUAUGACAAGAAUAAAAGGAAAUACAUGCAUUUAUCAAAAUACAAGUAGCCAUGCUGAAAGCUCUUCAUGCAAAUGUGAAAAAAAAGGACCAGGGUUUGUGCUUGUACAAUGACCAAUUUGUAGUUAUUUUGCUCCUGGUUUCUGCCUUCUGUAGACCCAUUUGAAGUUUUAAAAGAUAUGUCUCAAGCGCUAUAUCAUUUGCUUAAAAAGAAGAAUGUGCUCUAUCACAGCCACCUCAUUAAAGGCCAUCACGGUGUCUUAAUAUUUUCCUAAGGUCGCGUGUUCCAAGAUCUUUCCAUUAUUAUAUGCUUUUUUUUUAAUUUGUGAAAGAUUCUCUUUUUAUACUUUAUACCAGUUAAAAAUAGUAAAAUCAAGAUUUCAAUUAAUUUUUAUAAAUAGUCCCGGACAAUGGACAUAUAAAAUUUGGCAAGAUAAAUAUGAUCACACAAGAACAAAGACAUUGGCAAUUUUAAAUUUCGAUUUUAGAAAUCUAUUAAAAAAUAUAUAUACGGUUACAAAAACUACAAUAUGAAUAUAUAUACUUUUUAUCACUCCUAAGUGGGUGGGUUUAUUUUAGCCCCUGGUACUUUCUAUAUGUUCCUCUCCUACAAAUGAAUAGACUGGGGAUUGCAUGGAAUUCAUAGCAUGCUCUAAAGUUUCGCCAGGGAGUUCUCAGUUCCGUAGGAAACUCGCCAAUUGUGGGAGAAGGGAAA